AGCCCCUAGUUCAUGUCUACUGAACUGAGUCCAGCUGGCGCCAGAGCUGACACAGGAUGCUUUGGGGAUGUUACAAAAAAGGCCAGAAUAAGUGGAGCUUGCCAUCUGAGUAAGAGUCUCCGUCCAACCCUCCUCUCUCGCGCUCUCCUUCGACUCUCCCUCCCACACUAAUUUUUUUCUUUUUGCAUUUCCAUCCUCCAAACAAUCACCCGUCACCCUCAUUUCUCCCCGCCCCCUGUUUACAACCUAAGGAAACUUUUCAAACAUUUGGAGUUCGAUUCAGUCUGCUGGGAAAGAUCUCCCUGUGGUGAUCCCAAGGCGUGUGGCAACCGGAACCACUCUCUCUCCGCAGCUUCCCGCCUUCAAAGAGAAACACCUUUGCUCUUUUUUCCCCCCUCCUUCUCCUCUUCCCCUUCCAAGGCCACCUCACUGCAUCUGAGAUCUCUACGAUUUUAAGCCAAACGAAACUAAAGGCAAAACGGUUUGGGGUUGGAGGGAGGCGGGGUGGGGGGCUAGGGGCGGAGUGGGAAGAAACCCACCGAAAUGGAGGUAGCUACGGACCAGCCACGCUGGAUGGCCCAUCACGCCGUGCUCAACGGGCAGCACCCGGAGACUCAUCACCCGGGACUGGCUCACAACUAUAUGGAACCGGCGCAGCUCCUACCUCCGGACGAAGUGGACGUCUUUUUUAACCAUCUGGAUUCCCAGGGCAACCCGUAUUACGCCAACUCGGCCCACGCAAGAGCCAGAGUUUCCUACAGCCAGGCACACGCCCGUCUGACCGGCGGCCAAAUGUGCCGGCCUCACUUGCUCCACAGCCCCGGCCUGCCUUGGCUGGACAGCGGCAAAGCGGCGCUCUCGGCGGCUCACCAUCACAACCCGUGGACGGUGAACCCUUUCACCAAGGGGCCCUUGCACCCUUCGGCAGCCGGCGCGCCGCCCGGCGCCAUCUCGGUCUACCCCGGAGGCAGCAGCUCCGCGUCGAGCGCCGCCUCGGCCUCCUCGCUCACGCCGGCCUCGCAUUCGGGCUCGCAUCUCUUCGGCUUCCCACCUACGCCGCCCAAGGAAGUCUCGCCGGACCCCAAUGCGGGCAGCAGCGCCGCCUCGCCGGCCUCCGCUUCGGCCGGCGGCGGCAGGCAAGAUGACAAGGAACCCCUCAAGUACCAGGUAGCCCUGGCCGACGGCAUGAAGAUGGAGAGCGCCAGCCCGCUGCGCAGCAGCCUGGCCGCCUCCAUGGGCGCCCAGCCGUCCACGCACCAUCCGAUCCCCACCUAUCCUUCCUACGUGCCCGCCGCCCACGACUACGGCGGCAGCCUCUUCCACCCGGGCAGUUUCCUCGGGGGCCCCGCAUCUAGCUUCACCCCAAAGCAGAGGAGCAAAGCCAGGUCCUGCUCAGAAAGAAAUCCGGUUUCUUCGUGUUUCCAUUUAGAAGGCAGAGAGUGUGUCAACUGUGGAGCUACUGCUACCCCUCUCUGGAGAAGAGACGGUACCGGGCAUUACCUGUGUAACGCCUGCGGGCUAUACCACAAAAUGAACGGUCAAAACCGACCUCUCAUUAAACCUAAGCGGAGACUGUCAGCUGCUAGGAGAGCAGGAACCUGUUGCGCUAACUGCCAAACAACCACCACAACUUUAUGGCGACGUAAUGCCAAUGGGGAUCCAGUUUGUAAUGCCUGUGGACUAUAUUACAAAUUGCACAAUGUGAACAGGCCACUGACCAUGAAGAAGGAAGGGAUUCAGACCAGAAAUAGGAAAAUGUCCAACAAAUCCAAGAAGAGCAAGAAAGGCUCUGAAUGUUUUGAGGAACUGUCUAAAUGCAUGCAGGAGAAGUCCUCCCCUUUCAGUGCUGCUGCCCUGGCUAGUCACAUGACACCAAUGGGCCACUUGCCACCCUUCAGCCACUCUGGACAUAUCCUCCCAACUCCUACCCCCAUUCACCCAUCUUCCAGCAUCUCAUUUGGGCAUCCACAUCCAUCCAGCAUGGUCACAGCUAUGGGAUAGAGUUUAAUGACUCUCACAGACUUCCAGAACUGGGCUUGGCCUAAGAGGACAGGAAGGAAAGACUUUGCCCAGGAAAGAAAAUAUAAGGAAGGAAGAAAGGAAAAGGGGAAUCUUGUUCCAGUAGAAUUCAACUCCUAGUGCUAAAUGGAAACUUUGCAAUGAUGGGUCUUCUGCAGAAAUGCUUAAUGGUGCCUGUUAUGCACUUUGCUCCCUCAGGUAAAAGGAGAAAGAGGAACUCAUCUGUUUGAUACGAUACCUGCUUGUCCCAGUGGAAAGGAAAGGUGGCCAAAGUAGUGAAAGAAACUAGAGCCAGCUUUCCUUUCUCUUUGUUCAUUACUGUGAAUAUUGUAAAGCGAUUAACCAUCUCCUGAAGCAGAGGAAGUUCAGUAGUAGCAGCCACCCUUGCUGGAUUUCUACCAUGGAUUGUGUUUUGUGGGGAGGAAAAAUGGACAACUUUAUUAAAAAAAAAUCUACUUUUUAAGGAACCAGUCACAUUAAAAAAAUAAUUAUUUAUUUUGCUCUUGUGCUCCAGAAAGAGCUACAAAACUCUUGCAUGAAUUUAUGGGUAUUUUAUUUUUAUUUUGUUUAAAGAAACAUGCAACCUAGUAGAAAACAGUUUUUCUAAUUAUUAUUUUUAUUGCUUAAUGGCCACAUUUUUGUUUCUCUUCAUUGCUGUUAGAUUUUUUUUUUUAAAAAAAGACAUCUACUAGGAAAAGGAUGUGUGUGAGAGAGGGAAGCGGUUGGCUUUAUCAUUGAUUACAAGUAGCCUCAGGCAUGGAUUAUUCAGACAUAAUUUCUGCAGUCUCUUUCUCAUUGUGAAUAUCUUAAUGUAAAAGUGUGGCAUUCUACAAGAGAGCAGAUACACUGGACAAAUGGCUGAAAGGUUUUCCAUUGGGAACAAACUUGCUGUGGCUGGAGGCUAAAAUAAAGGGAAUCUGGAUGUCUUUCUCAUCAUACUUUUGUGUGUGGACAGCUAGUGUGCUGAUAAGGGGCAUUCCCACCUCAAACCAUUUGCCUGUCCUAAAGGCUGUCUCUUUGCUCUCUGGAUUGCAAGUCAGCAUAGACAUCAGGUAGCUUCUCAUAACUUAUUUCAUCGCCUUAGCCCAGACUUCCCCAGCUUGGUAUCCUCUCCUCAGUUAGGCUACAGUUACUGUGUCCUCAAUCAGUAUUGCUCAUGACUAUUCCAUUGGAGAGCAGGGACGUCCCAAGACAUCUCACUGCCAAAGGCUGAGAGGAGAUUACCUUCCUCCCUAUUUAAUGCAGAGGGGCUAAAUGAAUCAGUAGGUGGUCCUUAACAAUAAUGUUAUUAAUGUUACUAAUAUUAAUGUUAUUAAUAAUGUGGGGCUACUUUUGUGGUGGCUAAGACACUGAUCUUGUUGAUCAGAAAUGUAUGCAGUGGUUCAAAUCCCUAGUGCCACAUAACAGAGUGAGCUCCCGUUACUUGUCCCAGCUUCUGCCAAUCUAGCAGUUCGAAAGCACGUAAAAAAUGCAAGUAGAAAAAUAGGGACCACCUUUGGUGGGAAGGUUAGAGCGUUCCAUGCGCCUUUGCCAUUUAGUCAUGCUGAUCACAUGACCACGGAGACGUCUUCGGACCAUGGAGCGAAGAGCGUUGGCUCUUCGGCUUUGAAACAGAGAUGAGCACAGCCCCCUAGAGUCGAGAACGACUAGCACAUAUGUGCGAGGGGAACCUUUACCUUUACUUUCAUGGCUCAGUCUGCUGGGUUGAAAAUCUGCAAUAAUAUCUUGCAUUAGGUCCCACAAUUUCUUUUCCGAGGCAUUUCUCCCAUUCAGGUUUAUGACGAUUCCCUGUAUUAUGCAAAGACAGAUUGACACGGUAGUGAACUGCCUUAUACAAACCAGACAAACCCAUGCCGACCAUUGCAUCAGCUAUAUGUCUUCUGCUGUUUUUCCUUUUUCUUCUGUAAGAUUAUUUAACGAGAGGUGCCAAGUACUGAACCUAUGAAACCUUUGACAAACAAAACAUCUAUGCUGCUAGGUAACUGUCACCCUUUCUUUAUGACAAUGUUUCUUAACCUUUAAACACACCUUUAAGGUUUGUAGACCAACUCCCAGAAUUCCCCAGCCAAUUUGGGGAAUUUUGGGAGUUGAAGCCCAUAUAUCCCUUAAAGUGCCAAAAUUGAAAAGCGUUGCUCUAGAGCAGGGGUCUGCAAACUUGGCUCUUUUAAGACUUGUGGACUUCAACUCCCAGCCAAAGCUGGCUGAGGAACUUCUUGGAGUUGAAGUCCACAAGCCUUAAAAGAGCCAGGUUUGCAGACCCCUGCUCUAGAGGACUAUAUUCUUAGAUCUAAUAUAUAAUUUCAGUUAAUGGCAGGAGAAGGAAAAUCAUUUUAAAAUGAUCAGCCUGAAAGGAACCCUUGCUGUGGUUCAGUUUAAUCUGUUUUCUUAAGAAAUUUGCCCAAGACACAUAAACAUAUGAGUUCAUCUCAUACUAUCUUAUUAAUACUUUGGCCAAGUAGAGAUGGAAUUUGCCACCUGUAGGCACAGAUGUUGUGACAAAUGCUCUGCUUGACUAGAGGUGAAAAGCAAAUAAGUAAAUGAAGAUCUGCAAGGCAGGAGGGAAAAAAAGAUAUUUUCAACUCUUCUGAUACAUCAGAUGUAGCAACAUCAAAGGAAAGUGAUCUGCUAAUGGGGAAAAUGGGGUAUAUGGUUUCCUAUAGCAUAUAUAUAUAUAUAUAUGUAGAUAAAUAGAUUUGUUUUUAAAGAAAAUCACAAGUGUUCAGAAACAAAGUUGUCUCCCAUUCUGAAACCAUACUGUACGUAAACAGCUGAAGAAUAAAACUCUUGCCAGUGUGAAAUGUAUUCUAUUGAUUGUUAUGAUCUGAUGACUUUCAUGAUCACAAGGUCCAAUAUAACAUAUGAUGUACAUAUGUAGCUAUAUUUCUGAUGAAAAAAAAUGACCCCAAUUAACAAAGGGGAUUGAUAAUGUAAAUUGCAUAAAGCUAACUCUGUGGCAAGUUUUUAAAUGUAUUUUUUUUUCCAUUUUUUUUCCCCGAGUCAAGCCCAACUUGUAUCUUUAACUGCAAAAGUCUGCUUAAAACAAAACUCCAGGUGUACAUUGUUUUUGCUUUCUCCUAAGUCUGUAAUUCAGUUUUUGGUACAAAGGACCAAGCAUUCAGAGCAAAUGCCUUUUCUCACUGUUUUGGUUUCUUUAGGCAUAAUGUAGUUGCACUUUGUGAAGAAAUAGAAAUGACAGAAUGCCUCCCACCACCACAAAAAAGCCCCACAAGAAACCCCCCAGACCAAAAACUGAAAUAAUUCCACCUGGGAUAAAUAUUAAUUUCUUCUUAGCCAAGAGGGAAAUUAUUUACUCCUUUUCCUUGAUUUGGGUGCAUGUGUGUGUGUGUGUAUGUGAGGAAAGGGGAUUUUUAACAUAUAUGGUACAGUUAUCCACCUUUUGUUGUAACCAGUUCAAAUUCUGUGAGGGUCAGAAGUGGGUGGGAAUGGCUGGGUGAGAGAAUGAGGGAGAUAAUAAUGCUAGGAAAUAAAUCUACCCAGUACCACUGCUGCCCUCUGAAAGGCGAGGCCUCCUUUUAGGAAGACUGAGGCUGCACAUCAAAAAUGCUUGCUGGACCAAGUCCAAGGUUGACAAAGUGCAAUAGAUUGUCAGUCACUGCAGCAUAAAAGUACCACAGUCAGGAUUUAAAUUAUUUUGUACUUAUAUCAGCAUAAAGAUUUGGCAGUAUUUUCUGGGUUUUUUUAAAAAAAAAUUGGCUUAAUUUUUGGAUUAGUGAACUAAGUUAUUGUUAAUUAUGUACAACAUGUUUAUAUAUUGUCUGUAAAAAAAAUGUAUGCAUCCCUCAUAUUCCUUCAAGGUGAAUACUGCUAAGAAUAAUAAUAAUAAAAAAGAUU